UUGCUGCGCUGUAGCUGUGCUAGGAGCAUGGCGAACGGAAAGGAAGGAGACAUGCACUCCACACCUGAGAAUAUGCUCACUGAAACUUCCACUUUGAUGCAGAAAGUGCCUGAUUCAGGGCCGGGACAGAAAGACUCGGUACCGUGUUUGAUCCCGUCUUUUGCGGAAGCCUGUAAGCUGGUGUCGGCGCCGUACUCCUGCCUGGUGGUGGACACUCACCGCAGACACAUCGCUCUCUCGCCCAUGUACCUAAAGCGGAAAAAAACUGGGAUCCAGGAGCAACUAAACGCCGAACUGCUGAAGUAUUCGGAAAAUUUGAAAGGGGUGCCCAUGGCCUACGACAGCAUCCGGGUGCUGGGACACCACGGGGAUAUCCACGACGAUAACGGCUUCAUCCACAUGAAUAUAGAGGCUUCCUUCGUGAUCUUCAGACCAAAGAGAGGACAGAAGCUCGUGGGGGUGGUGAAUAAGGUCGGUGUCGGCCACGUGGGCUGUCUGGUGCACGGCUGCUUCAAUGCCUCCGUCCCGAAGCCGCAGCAGGUCCCGCUGGAGGUGUGGGCCGGGGCGGUGCAGGUUGGGGGCAGCCUGGAGUUCGAGGUCUUCCAGCUGGACGCCGACGUCGCCGGAGUCCUUCUGAUCAGGGGACGGCUCGACAAACAGAGGGUGCAGGAGCUGGCAGCCACUGGGGAAGAAGGGAGCGCCGACCCUGCGGAGGGGUGUGAGACCCCCCCUGAGCAGCCGCCAGAGGGAGGGAAGAUAAAGAAGAAGAAAAAGAAGAAGGAGAAGGAGCUGGAGGAUUCUGCGAUCCCAGAGGAGGGAGCUCCAGGUGACACCGUCGCCGUGGAUACGAAUGAAAACGCAGCAGACAGGAACGGACACGCUGAAGGCAAGAGGAGGAAGAAGAGCAAGCAGCAGGGUGGGGAUCCGCCUGCAGGCGUCCCGGAAACCCCCGCCAGCGACUCCAGUGGAUACCAGAGCGACGGCGGCACCAGGAAGAGGAAGAAGGGGGCGGAGCAGGAGCUGCCGCACCCCGAGGAGGAGUCCCCUGCACCCAAACCCAAAAAGAGGAAGAAGGAGAGAUGCACCCAGUGACCUUCCAGUCACCCUACACCUGUCUCGUGUUGCCAGCAGGGGGCAGCAGUGAUGCAGUACCAGUGCAGGCUUAAGCCUGUGUUCCUGUUGCUCAGUGCUGAGGGCAGUGGCAGUCUGCUUUUGGAGGUGCUGAGCUUGCGUAACAUAACUGCUAUAAAUAC